AUGGCACAAGUGGUGCUUGCUGUGGAGAUCUGCAGCAGCAGCAGCCGCCGCGUGGUGAAGCACCAGUGGGACAUUAACAACGCGACGCCCGAAUCGGAGGAGGAGGAGGAGGAGGGCGGCAGUCGCGGCAGACCCUCGCCGGUCUCCUUGGGCGCUCCCGAUCCGAUCGGCGAGCCGCCCCUUCAGCCUUUUCCUUCGGAGGAGCCGGACUUGGUGAUCGAGGUGUCCGGCCGGCGGAUCCGGGCGCACAAGGCGGUGCUGGCGGCCAAGAGCGACUAUUUCCGCGCCCGCUCCUCGCGGGACAUCCUGCGCGUCAAGGGGGUGAGCUACGGGGCGCUGCGCCUGCUGCUGGAGUACGUCUACACGGCGCGCAUGGGCGAGGUGCGGCACGACAACCUGGCCGAGGUGGUGAGCGGCGCCCGCGUGCUCCAGAUGCCCUGCGCCCUGCACUGCGCCGCCGAGGCCAUGCGGGCCCAGCUCAGCCUCGACAACUGCUACCAGCUGCUCUGCCUGGCCAAGAAGCAGCGGCUGGCCGAGCUGCGCGAAGCCGCCUUCCGCUUCAUGAGCGACCACUACCUGCAGGUGCUGCGCGAGCCUGCCGUCUACGGGCGCCUCAGCGGAGCCGAGCGGGACCUCAUCCUGCGGCGCCGCCUGGAGGCCGGCAAGGCCUGCCUGCUGCUGGCCGAGGUGAGCGACGCCUUCGAGCGGCUCAGCGCCAGCAGCCGCCCGCAGAGCCGCGAGAGCAGCCGCCCGCAGAGCCCGUCCUCGGUGGUGUCCCUAGAGGACGGCGGCGCCCUGCUCUACAGCUACCAAGAGGCGGCCCAGGAGUGGAGCGUCCUCACCCGCCUGCCCGAGGAGGCCAACGCCAAGGGCUGCGCCAUGUGCGUCCUGUAUAACUACCUUUUCUUAGCCGGCGGGAUCUCCAGCGGCCCCGGCGACCAGCGGCCCAAGCUGUCGGACAAGGUGUUUUGCUACAACCCCUUAACUGAUACCUGGAGCCAGGUGAAGCCCAUGGGGCAGGCCCGCUCUCAGCUGAAGCUCCUGGCCCUGGACGGGUAUCUCUACGCGGUGGGUGGGGAAUGCCUUUUUACGGUGGAGAAGUACGACCCCCGGGCGGACCGCUGGACCCCUGUGGCCCCUUUGCCCAAGGGGGCUUUUGCCGUGGCUCACGAGGCGACCACGUGCAACGGGGAGAUCUACGUGUCUGGGGGCUCCCUUUUCUACCGGCUCCUCAAGUACGACCCCAAGCGGGACGAGUGGCAGGAGUGUCCUUACAACAGCAGCCGGCGCCGCUCGGCUGACAUGGUGGCCUACAAGAGCUUCAUUUACCGUUUUGACGUGAGCAGCAGUCGCGGGGAGCAAGGGCAGGGGGCUGGAGUGGAAGUCUUCCAGUACAACACGGUGGCCAAGCACUGGCGUCAGUGCUCGUCCUUCCGCCCCACCAGCAGCCCGGUUCAGCCCUUUCGCUGUGCCGCGUUGGGCAGCACCGUCUAUUGUGUCAACCGGACUGGGAUGCUGAGCUUCAACUUGGCUCAGAAUGGCGAGGUGGAAGCGGACGGGGGACUUAAAGGCACCUUUGACACAGAACUGCUCAAAGCUCCCUUCGAUGCGAAAGGUCUCCUCCUCCCGUUUGUGCUUAUUCUCCCAGAGAAGGAGAAAAUGGGGGAGCCAGAGAGUCCUCUGUCGUUGUGAGAGCUGACCUGAGGUUCGGUUCACUGCUUAGCAUGCAGUUUGUCCCCUUUAUCUGUGAUGUCAACAGUGUAGGGCUUUUACUGAAGCGUGGAUGAGGGCUGGCACAAGCUCUCCGGUCUUGGGUGGUGAUGAUGGUCGGGCUCCAAAGGCAAUAGAAGAAGUAGCAGAAGCUAAUCCGAGGUGGAAAGGCAGCAGUAUGUAACAACUCCUUUGAGGCUAUAGGAGCAAAGAGGAGACCAUUGUCAAAAAUAUCCUUAAUUCAUGCAUGCACGCACCACCAUGGGGGAUUAUUGUGUUCCACCUAAAAGUGUUGGCUAGCUGUUCAAAGGCUUCUUUACUGCACUUCAUGUAGGAAAGAAUUCAUCUCUUGGCACUCAUGUCAACCAGCCAGUGAAAAGCUGCUAAAACAGAUUUAAUUGUUGUAAAUGUAUCUGCGUUCCUUUCCAAUCUAGAAGUAUGUUGGAUCUAUGUAAAAACCAGGAAACAGUCCAUUUUUUUAAAAAAAAAAAAUCAGUUAUGGCAAUGUUCCCUUUGUACAUAGUCAUCUUCGAAAAGAGAUUCUUCCAGGCACUGUCUGCUUGGUCUUCUUGCUCUUGGAUGCAAGAAAGGAGCCACUGGAGAACUAGGAGCAUAUAAUGUGGGAAGAGAUCUGUAGGCCAUUUUGGAAGUUUAAUAGGCAAAAAAACAAAGUUCUUGUAUGAAAAAGCAAUAGGUGAUCAUCCACGUCAUAAUCUUUUCUGGUUUGCAUUUUUAAGUUUAAUGAAAUCUUUGGUGAAGACAUGGUAUUGUGCAGCCUCAGGAAGUUGCAACAAUUGUACAUGAUUUGACAGAAGCAAAACUUAAGGUUUGAAACAAGUAACAUUUCUCCCAUUUGUAUAUGUUGGAAAAAGAAGGAAAAUGGCGGGGAAAAAGCACCAAUAUAUCUGUUCUGGGUUUGCUUCUUUUUUUUAAUGUGCAACUUUUUUUAGACAAAAUCAGAAAUAUAUAUUAUCAGUUUUAGUCUUAACAUACAUUUGUGUUUUUUAAACAUAGUUUUGCACUGUAAUUUGCAUAUUCAAAUAUUUACAAAUUGUCAGGAAUGAACAUAUCGAUGAAAUUUCAUUAAGGGAGAUUUUUGUUUGCAAAAGAUUACUAUUACUAUCUUCUGCAGAUCAGUAUCCAUCAAGGUAAACCAACUGUGGCUUACUCAAAAUGUAUUGAAAGACUUCACUUUUUUGUCCAGAAUCUUUUAAGAAUUUGUUCUUCUGUUACUCAGAUAAGAAAAUGAAUAAUUUUUAAGCGAACUGAUUUCCGUUUUACACUGAUAGUUUGCUGGAUUGUAAAUGAGACUGGUUUUAUUUUAGUUAAUAAUUUACUUGUCAAGUUCAUUAUAUAUAGAGGUCAUAUCCUUUUUAUUCUUAAAUCCUUUGUUGAGUCAUUGCUUACUAAGCAGCCUGUUUUGAAAAGGAAAGCAUCAACUUUCAUACUUGUAGGCAUCUGGAAUAGAAAUAUUUUCAGUUAAUUUAUCUUUAUUUAAUUCUAUCAGUUGCCUUCCAAAAUGCUGCCACAAUGAAUUUUUCAAAUUAUGAGUGGCACAGCUGACACUUCAUAUCCAAUCAUCGAUUGGACUCACAUGCCAUGUUGAGCCACAAAUUGACUAAUCAUGGUUAGUUGACUUAAAUAAAGUAUUGGUUGGUUCAUAGAUCACACUAAGAGUGGUGUGAAGAUUGUAAUGGUUAGGUUUACAUAUCAUGAUAAGCCAGAACCAAGCAAUUCAUGUCAUAACC